AUGCGGAAACCAAAGGACCGUCGGCGGUCUUUUCUCUUCCCGGAAACCAAAUCCUCUGUUUUACCGGAGCCAGCUCGUUUCUUCAGCAAGGACCUCCUCUCUCACCCUCUUCCCACAAACUCCUUCUUUCAAAACUUCACACUAAAAAACGGUGACCAGGCUGAGUAUAUCCACCCUUACCUCAUCAAAUCCGUUGAUUCCUCUCUCUCCAUUUCAUACCCAUCUCUGUUUCAAAUUUCUGAUUACAUCUACGAGGUUUUCAAAGCCGACCUCAUCAUCUCCGGGUCAGACAAACCCAAUCCCCAUUCUCGAAAGUCGCAUCUGAUCUCUUCGUUCAGUGACCUCGGGGUCACUCUGGAUUUCCCUUCCUCUAAUCUCAGCUUCUUCCUCGUCAGAGGAAGCCCGUUUGUUACCUGCUCUGUCUCCGAUAACUUGAUCAAUAUCUCAACGAGCCAUGGGGUUAGGUCAUUUUCCGGGAAUAGCUCCUCUACUAGAUUCUCAGCGAAUCUCACCAACAACCAGAAAUGGUUGAUUUACGCCUCCUCGCCAAUUAAUCUAACCAAACACGGCGACUCCUCGAUCAAAUGCCGUGGUGAGUUUACGGGUAUACUCCGAAUCGCCGUGUUACCGGGUUCGAAUAGAGAUUUUGAAACGACUCUCGACCGGUUCAGUUGCUGUUACCCAGUUUCUGGUGAGGCUGAUUUCAUAAAGCCGUUUGCUUUGGAGUAUAAGUGGCAGAAGAGAGGCUCUGGAGAUCUGCUGAUGCUUGCUCAUCCUCUCCAUCUCCAACUUUUGGCAAAAGACGAUCGUUCAAUCACCGUUUUAGACAAGUUCCGGUACAAAAGCAUCGACGGCGAUUUGGUAGGCGUUGUCGGAGACUCAUGGGUACUUAAACCGGAACCUGUUUCAGUGACUUGGCACUCCAUCAGAGGGGUCAACAAAGAUGCGUACAACGAGAUCAUCUCGGCUCUCGUCAAAGACGUUAACGGUUUGAAUUCUUCAGCUAAGGUCACGAGUUCGUCGUAUUUCUACGGGAAGCUAAUCGCCAGAGCAGCGAGGUUGGUUUUAAUAGCCGAAGAAGUUUGCUAUCUCGAUUUGAUUCCAAAGGUCAUAACUUAUCUGAAGAACAUGAUAGAGCCUUGGUUAGACGGGAGUUUCAAACCAAACGGGUUUUUGUAUGAUCCCAAAUGGGGAGGUUUAGUCACUAAACAAGGAUCAGAAGAUUCGCAUGCAGAUUUUGGAUUCGGUAUAUAUAACGACCACCAUUACCACCUAGGUUACUUUCUCUACGCUAUUGCCGUGCUCGCUAAGACAGAUCCUUUGUGGGGAAAGAGAUACAGAGCUAAAGUGUAUUCUCUAAUGGCGGAUUUCAUGACAUUGGGGAAAAAUGGUGAUCAUUCAACUUCUAGUUAUCCGCGUUUGAGAAACUUUGAUCUUUACAAGCUACACUCUUGGGCUGGCGGGUUAACUGAGUUCUGGGACGGCCGGAACCAAGAGAGCACUAGCGAGGCCGUUAACGCUUAUUACUCUGCCGCUUUGAUAGGUUUAGCUUACGGCGACGCACAUCUGGUGGAGACGGCUUCCACGAUCAUGACGCUUGAGAUACACGCUGCGAAAAUGUGGUGGCAGGUGAAGGAAGGUGACGCUCUGUACCCUAAAGAUUUCACGGCGGAGAAUCGUGUGGUUGGUGUUUUAUGGUCUACAAAGAGAGAUUCUAGUUUAUGGUUCGGGCCUAAGGAGUGGAAAGAGUGUAGGCUUGGUAUACAAUUAUUACCUAUACUUCCGGUGUCGGAAAUCCUCUUCUCCGAUUUAAAAUUCGUGAAGCAGCUCGUGAACUGGACUUUGCCUGCGUUGCAUAGAAACGGCGUUGGUGAAGGCUGGAACGGAUUCGUGUAUGCUUUGGAAAGUCUUUACAACAAGGACGGCGCUCUUAAGAAGAUACAGAGUUUACAUAAGUUUGAUGAUGGAAACUCUCUGAGUAAUCUUUUGUGGUGGGUUCACAGUAGAGACUGAAGUCUUGGCGGUGGUAUGGAAAAUAUUGCUCGUUUGUUCAUUGUUGUUGUUCACUUUCUGGUUGUUUUAACUGAUGUUGCUUUGUUUAACAAAACUUGGUUAAUCUCAUCA